AUGCAUGUCCCAAAUUGUUUUCUUCUCUUAUGUGCCUUCGUUGGUAUUGUUGCUUCAUUCUCUCCGAAGGAUGUCAAAUGGCCGCCAUGGCAAUCAUCGGUGUUUACUAAUCCGCUCGGUCUAAUCACGGAGAGGAUAUGUUCUUAUUGUGCUGAACAUCCCGAUCGCGCUGAGACCAGUCUUGACAAAAUGACUGAAGUAUUACAAAAAACUGACGAAACAACCCGAAUGUUUGCUGGCACACUCGCUUAUAUCAACCAAAUAGACAAUCGAGAAAAAUUGACGAAUAAUACGAGUACAUGUGCAACGUUCUUAAACGAAAUAAACGAUGCAUUGAUGGAAGAUUUGAAAGCUAAUCUUCGUAAUAGUGAAGAUGCGACAAAUAAAGGAAUCGAAACAUGGAAAUCGUUUUUUGAUAUCUUUAAAAAUCUACUUCAAUAA